GAGAAUGAGAGAGAAUGGUAGACGUGCUGUCAGAGUGCGAGCUGGACGAUAUGCAUCCAUUUCUACAUAAUAUCACACUGUUGCUGCUUUCACCUUUACUCAUAUCCAGAUGCUACUUUCAGGCGCUUUUCUUCACAGGAGGCUAAUGAUGCUACUUAAUACAACGGGUGGAUGAAUUUCCUGAAAUAUUAAACGGCGCUCUAGAUCCCUUUUCCCGAUAUUUUUUUUCCGCUUUUAUUUCGAUCCUUGUUCAGGUGUUAAUCGCAACAGCUUUCUUCUGUAGGAGUCUCAUUUUAAGAAAUAGCGGUUUUUAGGCUACUUCUGUCAUUAAAAACCUUCAAUCUGGAAUCACUGCUUGAACACGGGGCGAAGAAGAAAUGCUGGCAUGAUUUUGACAACAUGAAAAAGAAAAAGUGUGGAGGAAUAUUGUUGCACUGCUUUUGAUUUCACCAUAUGAAGGUGGAGAUAGACUGACAGGAGAGAGAGUUGAGGAGCAGAGCACAAACAAACCUGCUGGAGACUGGUUGCCAUGGAUCCCCCUCCCUCUCUGAGUCUGGCCCUUCUCAGCGGGAGCGAAGACGAAGAGCAACGUCUGCCCCUCCCUCUCGGUGGUCUCUCCCAUGCCUCCCUCUCUGGCAGCUUCCCUGGGACCAACCAUUCGAAUCACACAGGAGGCAACAGCAGCCUGGAGCGUCUCAAUGGCACUCCGUCGCCCACCACACCGAACCUUGUCCCGGCAUCGCUGCCCAAGUUGCCCCUGUCCACAACACCCCAGCUGUCCACGCCAAUCCCCAAUGCACUCCACCCCACCAGCACGCCGCUCUCCUCCUGCCUGGGCAGCCAACAUAGCCUGAGCGGGGAGACUUCGCCCGUCUACAAUGCGCUGUUCUACUCCUCUCAUUCACCUUCCACUGAGCGAGAGCAGAGGGAGAGGGAGCGAGAGAGGGGAUGUAAGCACAGGCAGGCCAGUCCCCUGGUGCACAGGCGGGACAGUAACCCCUUUACUGAGAUCGCCAUGAGCUCGUGCAAGUACAGCGGUGGUGUGAUGAAGCCACUCAGCCGCCUCAGUGCCUCCCGCCGGAACCUCAUUGAGUCCGACAGUGGAAGUGACACCAAAGAGGGCGGGGCAAACGCUAGCCAGGUGACCACGGCCUCCUCUCAACACAGUCAAUCCCAAUCCCAAUCCCAGAACCCCCCAGAGAUCAUCAUCUCCUCAAAAGAGGAUCCGCCUUAUGGACACGCCUACGAACUUGAGGCCUCGGCCAAUCAAAUGUCCAUCUACCACCAGAAUCACGCCCUCUCUGAGAGCAGGGGUGUUCUGGGGGGCGUGGCAGGGGGCGGGACUAAUGGAAGGAGGGGUGCUGCUGUCGUGGGAGGCCCGGGGAGGACUGUUUCCAAAGCCUCUAAACGUAAGAAUCAGAACAUUGGCUACAAACUAGGACACAGGAGGGCGCUGUUCGAAAAGAGGAAGAGACUUAGUGACUAUGCGCUCAUAUUCGGCAUGUUUGGCAUUGUUGUCAUGGUGAUUGAGACCGAGCUGUCCUGGGGUGUCUACAGUAAGAAUUUGGAACGACAUAAUAGUUCCAUGUAUUCACUGGCGUUGAAGUGUCUUAUCAGCCUUUCCACCGUCAUUCUUCUUGGACUAAUCAUCGCUUACCAUGCUCGAGAGGUGCAGCUCUUCGUCAUUGACAACGGUGCGGACGACUGGCGGAUCGCCAUGACCAUGGAGCGAGUGCUGCUGAUCGCUCUGGAGCUGAUUGUUUCAGCGGUUCACCCGGUGCCAGGGGACUUCAAGUUCAUGUGGCGGGCACGGCUGGCCUUCUCCUACGCUCCCUCGCAGGCGGAGGCAGAUCUAGACAUGGUGCUGUCUGUACCCAUGUUCCUUAGACUCUACCUCAUCGCCCGAGUCAUGCUGCUACAUAGCAAGCUCUUCACCGACGCCUCCUCCCGCAGCAUAGGGGCACUCAACAAGGUGCACUUUAACACACGCUUUGUGAUGAAGACCCUGAUGACCAUAUGCCCGGGCACGGUGCUGCUGGUCUUCAGUAUCUCCCUGUGGAUCAUCGCUGCCUGGACCGUAAGAGUGUGUGAGAGGUACCAUGAUGCUCAGGAUGUGACCAGUAAUUUUUUGGGUGCAAUGUGGCUCAUCUCCAUCACCUUUCUCUCCAUUGGUUAUGGAGACAUGGUGCCUCACACCUACUGUGGCAAGGGAGUGUGUCUUCUCACAGGAAUUAUGGGAGCAGGAUGCACUGCAUUGGUUGUUGCCGUGGUGGCCAGGAAGCUUGAAUUGACAAAAGCAGAGAAGCAUGUGCACAACUUUAUGAUGGACACACAGCUCACCAAACGGAUAAAGAACGCAGCGGCGAAUGUUCUACGAGAGACUUGGCUGAUAUACAAGCACACCAAGCUGAUGAAGAAAAUUGACCACUCCCGCGUACGCAAGCAUCAAAGGAAGUUUCUCCAAGCCAUUCACCAAUUACGAAGUGUUAAAAUGGAGCAGAGAAAACUCAGUGAUCAAGCCAAUACUUUGGUGGACUUAUCAAAGAUGCAGAGCGUCAUGUAUGAGCUGAUGUCUGAGCUGAACGACCGCAGUGAGGAUCUGGAGAGACAGAUGUUAAGUCUCGAGCAGCGGGUGGAGCAGCUGACAGCCGGCUUUAACGUUCUGCCCGCUCAUUUGUUGGCCACGCUCAGCGCCCAGCACACCGCGCUCGUUCAACUGCUGCGUGAGCGUGAUGCCAAGGUCCUGAGCCCCACUGCACCCUCUGCACUCUCACCCACCGCUGCCAGCCUGCCUCUAGCCAACCCCUCCUCCAGCGCCGGCUCUGUCCCCGUCCCGACUCAGCCCACCGAGGACAGUCCCAACACCAGCAGCUCCAGCAGCUGAGACCCUGGUGUGGGAAGUUCCCCUGCAGGGGGGAAGGGUUGGAUGAUUAGUCGAAACGAAGAGAUGACCAUACACAUACACAUUAACAUACGAUGCACUGUAACUACGAGCAUUACGCAGCUUAACGCCACAGAAUAUAAUGAUGGAGAUGCUAACAUUUGCACAAAAACCCUAUGACGAAACUGCCAUAUUCCACGUAGUCCUCAAGACGAACGUACUUUACUGUUACCAUGAAUGUAUACAUUUUAGAAAACACUGAUUCAGACAUGUUAACAUGCAUGGAUGCUCACUCACUCACACACACACACACACACACACUCACACACACACUUUUUUCCGAUUACGUCUUUGCUACCAAAGUGCUCUGUUUAUAGUUGACUGAAAUGGACUAAGGUGUUUAUUGCAAAGCAAGGAACUGGGUUGGUUUGUAUUAGAGAGAGGAUAAAUAAUCAACAGCUGAGAAUGUUGUGAAAUCUGGAAGGCACUUUUUACAGUCUGCAAGAGACUAACAGCCAUUUGAGCAAGGCAUUAUUUUAAAAAGAGCGGCGCUGAAGCCAGUCGAUACAUUAUAAAAACCACCAUCAAGGUGGAACAGCUGCUCACACAGAAAUAACUGUAGAAUGAGUGAUUAUAGUCAUUUUCUUAGUGGAAUUGCUUCUAUUACAAUGGUGUUGGAAUAAGAGACUAUUUUACUUCUGACCCCGUUUCAAUGGAGAGACCAUUUUGAAAACUGACUAAUAGGGACAUCCUGUGGCCGGAAUACUGAGUUACAUCCGCUUGGAAUAUUGUACAGUAUGCUAUUACUGAAACUUAGCUUUGUAUCUCUCCGUUUUUUACCAUUAAUAAUAACUAACGCAGUUAUAGCUCAUAUUUAUUAUAAUUAUACGAUAGCAUUCUUCUCAUUCGUCAUGAAAAUUAUGGUUGCUGUAUAAAAACGAUUUUACUAAUAUUAAUAGAUAAGGGAGGUGCCGUUUGAGGUUGAAAUUAUUUUGUAAUUUUAUUUUACCAGAGAGAAUUAAUAAAGUAUAUAUCUAUACAUGA